AUGAAGCUUUCUCUCGUCCUCAGCGCGCUCGCAUCCAUCGUGGUUCUUGUUACAGCGUACCCUAUGGAAGGAGCCAUUGCGAAACGUUCCGAUGUUGAGAAGCGCGAAGGACUUGAUGGCUCGUACGCGAACGGAGUCGAGGGAAAAGGGGAGGAGCUUGACAGUGAUCAAUACAGUUACCGCGCGUACACCAACAGUGCUGAGUGGAAGCGCGAGGAACUUGAUGCCGACGACUUCAACUACCAUUACCAGUAA